AUGACAUUUAAUAAUAAUACUCUUGAUAAACUAUCGAUAAUGAAAGAAGAUGAUAAUUUACAACAACAAAUUAAUGAACAAUCAUUAAGACAAGAUCUUGAAAAAAAUCGUGAAUCACUUAAACGAAAAUUACAAACACGUCGAUCUUUACAACAACUUGUUGAUAUUGGUAUUAUACCAACAUCUAAAGUUUCAAUACCAUUUUAUCAACAACAUAAACAAUUACAAAUGCGAAAAAUAAAAGAUAUAUUAAAAAAGAAAAUUCUUUUUCGACCUAAUCGUCAAUUAUUAAUUGAACAUAAUAUUCUAUCUGAUACAAUAGCUGCACCAGCUAUACAAAAAACUCAAUGUCAAUUAAAACGUGCUCAUUUAAUUGAUAAACUUAAUAAUAAAUUAUCUGUACGUCCUGGUAUAUUAGAAUUAAUAGCAAAUAAUAUAUUUGAAAUAGAUUCAAAUCUUAAACAAGUUAUACAAAAUGAAAAUAUUCAAUAUUCAAGUUUAUCACAACCAUUUCGUCAUAAAACAUCAUCAUUUUCAAAUACAACAAUAUUUAAACGUUCAUUAAAUUCAAUACCAAAAUCAAAAUCAUGUUUAAAAUUUCAUGAAUAUAAAGGACCAUUAGAAAAAAUUGAAAUAACAAAAAUUCCUUUACAAUCAACAAUAAAAACAUAUGAAGAUAAUCGUCUAUUAAAAGAAAAUCAUUAUAGAAUGCAAUUACGACAACAACAAUUAUAUAAUAAAUUUAUUGAAAAUCAAAAUAAUACAAUAGAAAAUUUUUCAAAACAAUCAAUUGAUAAUAUUUCAUCGUCAAUAUCUAAUGAUAAACAAUUAUCAUUUGAAACAAUGAAAUUAGUUGAUUUAAAAAUUGAAUGUAAAAAAUUAAAUAUUAGUUCAACUGGUACAAAAAUAAAAUUAAUUGAAAAAUUAAAAAAUGCUCGAAUGAAAAUGAUAGAGAAAACAAUUGCUCCAUCUCAAAUAAUCAAUAAUGAAUCAUCAUCACCUGUUAAAUUUUUAUUAUCAUCAUUAAAUGAUCAAGAACAACAACAACAGAAAUUAGAAAACUCAAAACAAUAUGAUUCUUCUUUAUCAAUUGAAAAUCAAUUAUUAUCAAAUUUUCAACCUAUAGAUAAUUCUACUAUUAUUUCAGAAAAUUGUAAUCCUAUUCUAUCGACACAAAUACAAAAUCAAAAUCUUCAACAAUAUACAAUUGUACCUUUAACACCUGAAUCAGUUGCACAAUAUCUUGCUCAAUCACAAAUGUCAGAUAAUCAUUCUAUCAAUUCUUCAUCAAUUCAAUCAAUCAAUAACGAUGUUAAUUUUGAUCUAUUGAAUGAUUAUACUAAUUCGUCUUCAACAUUAACAAUUUCAUCAUCUAUCACAGAUAUGGAUUGGAUGGCGAUACCAUCUUCUAGUAUAAUUGAUAAUGAUCUGGAUUUUACACAAUUUUUUAAUCAAUUUGAUAAUGAUCAUCAUGUUCUUUUUGAUUCAACAUCUCAACAACAAAAUUCAUUUUUAUCCGAUCUUUUUUCUACAUAA